AUGCGCUUUACAUGCGUGGUGGGAGGUGUGCUAUGGAUUCUGUAUGAGGAUCUGAACUACACGAAUUCCAUCUACUCCGUGAGUGAGUAUGUUCGAUCGUUAAACUAUAGUUUAUUGGUUGAACUUGAGAACCGCAUCGGUUGUUCGCACAAACUCCGCUGGUUGACGGAUGGCAAGCCGAUAGAGAGCCGUCGUGAGGGUAAGCGAAUGUCCACGUUCUCCGUGCAGUUGCCUGUUGCGUGCAUGCCCCUUGGUGAGUCUGCGGUAGAAAGAUACCGUCGAUUUUUCAGACAGUAUUUAUCAAUUGACCUAAUAAGCAGCGUGGUUUGUGACUCACCUGAAAUGAUGGGUGUCGUAUGUGUGCUAAUUGUGUGGUUGCGACAUACAUCUAUUAAGAAUGUUAACCGAAUUCCAUUGGUCAGAAACCCUGUCGGGUUAGCUUUUAUCACGUGUGCAUUGGUGACUGCACUUCAUUACGAAUACUUCCGUCGUCACGAAGGCGCCGUUGUGGAUCACGCAUUGGCUGAACUGAGUAAGCGGUACGGCCAAGUUGCUGGAUAUGCGAAAUGUGAAUGUGUGACAAACGGCCACCAGGGUUACUCAAUUGAGGUUGUACAUCAGCUGAAUGAAUUGCAAUUGGUAUAUGUGGAACUACAGCACCUGACGACUUUGUUAGAAGUUAUGUGCACAUGUAAUGAUGCAAAAGAAGAUCCUAUUGAAGGUGAUAUCAAAACUGGUCUCGAAACGCGAUUGCGUUUGUGGCCCGCUUGGGUGAUAUUUUCAAGUGGACGGUUGCUCUAUUGGCUGGCGCAGACUCUGGCCUGCGCUUCUUCAGAAGAUCGAUUCAACCAGCUGCAGGUGUGGAUCCCCGCCCUGUUGCGCACGAUAUCCUCCGACAUCACUCCACCAAGUGUGUCAGAAUUGUCGAAGCGCGUUUCUGUGGUACUGGAAGUUGUGCAACGGAUGAGAUGA